CUCGCUGCAGUCUGCGCGGGGCCACCCGGCCCGCAGCGCCCCGUGACACGCCUGCCCCUGCCUCGCGCGCGCUGGGCCCCGCCGCGACCGGCGCUCCAGCUCACGCGGGCGCAGCAUGAAGACCUCGCCACUAAGGCCGAGGCGGUGCUCCGUCGUCUGCUAGUCACAGACAACUAUGACUCCGUCAGCAACUUCAUCUCGCUGUUCGACGCGUUUGACAAGAGCUCCGAGCCGCUGUAUGAGGUGUUCGAACACUACUCGCCGCCCAUCAGAACUAAGAAGCAUACCUGUGUAGGCCUCGGGCUCGAGCUCAUCAAACGCUGGCGAGGCCUGGACAAGGAGUUCCCGGGUUUCGCAGCUGCCACAGCUCUGCUUUCUUGUGAGGAAGCAGUAGUAGACGUCCGCGAGUACGUGUCCUGCGGCGAGACGCCGUCUGAACUGGCUGAAGCGGAGAAGGAACACGUUAUGGUUGGCGUGUCAGUCCGCGUGGAGGGCCGGCCGGCGUUGCUGCUCGCCGACCCGGGAUACCACGUGCCGCGUGUGGUCACAGUCAUGCAGGACCGCGCCUACCCGCACACUGGUUGGUUCACACAACAGGACGAGCCGCACUGCCGUAAGGAGUACAACUACACCUUCAACCCUCAGAACCCUUCGUACGUGGAGUGGCAUGAGAAGGAGACCAGAGGAACCAACGUCAAGUGCCAGACAUCCCUGGUGUACAGUGCACGCCCCUACUUGGACGGCGUUAACGUUACUGAGAGGAGAAAUCUGGUGUAUAACUUUAGGAGUCUCCUGUCAAGAGACCAGAAGGGCCACCUGAUAGCGGGGCUGUACUUCCCGGUGGGGGGGAGGGGAAAGGACGCUCAGUUCACUCUCUUCUUCGACAAUGGUAACGAGAAGAGGAAGACCAAGUACAAAUUCACCGCUUUUGCAGACCCUGACACUAUACCAAUAGACAUAACAGAGGAAAUUGAACUCUGCAACGCCCAGAUGAACUACAAAGAGGGUGAACUGCGCUCUAUCAUCUGCAAGCUGGCUCGAGUCCUCGCCAACCAGUCCUUCAUCGACCAGAUGCUGGAGAUCAACGAAGACAUCUGCCGCCUCAGUCUCUGACAGUCGACACAAGAUGGCGGCCAAAACAAAAUGGCCGACCGCGCCAUCAAACAAGAUGGCAACGCCGAUCCUUAAAUCGCUUUUAUUUUACAACUUUAUUUUUUUUCACCAAGGAGGCGCCUUGUCAUAUUUAUGCAUUUUUCAUUUUACCAAUCCUUUAUUGGAUUAUUUUUCCUUUUUUGUCUCAUAAUUCUUAAGCUUUAGAUUUAUACCUUUUUGGGUAUAGCUUUAAAUUGGGUAUACGGUAUUUAUUGGUAAUGGGAUAAUUUGACCUUCAUUAUUUUAUCGUAGUUGAUAAGUUUAAUUUUUCAAUGUUAAUAGAAUUAUAAUAAUAAUUUCAAUCGGUCUUGGGUACUUACCUUAUUAUUUUUAUUAUGUAAUUAUAAUAUCACUGACUUUUAUUUUUUAUUACACAAUUAUUCCACAAAUCUGAA